AAAGGAUUAUUUCACUUCUUCGCCCUCAGAAAGUACCUACAUCAAGGCAAUUGGUGAAAUGGCAUCAAUCGCGCAUUUAGAUGCUCUUUCUCCCUACCUUUUACGCCGUUUUAGAAAUAAUGCGUCUGCUUUAGAGAAUGUCAAAAAGAGCUGCUGCGUUUACGUUGGAAAUUUAUCAUUUUACACAACAGAAGAGCAAAUCUACACGCUCUUCUCAAAAUGCGGUGAAGUUCGAAGAAUUAUAAUGGGGGUGGAUCGCUUUGCAAAGACUCCUUGUGGUUUUUGCUUUGUUGAAUACUAUAAAAAUGAGGAUGCUCUUGAUUGUUUGAAAUAUAUUUCUGGUACUACUUUGGAUGAGCGCAUUAUUCGAGCUGACUUGGAUCCUGGUUAUGAGGAAGGCCGACAAUAUGGACGUGGUGCUUCCGGUGGACAAGUGCGUGAUGAAAUGCGAGAGGAGUUUGAUCCUGGACGUGGUGGGUAUGGAAAGUUACACAAGGCAUCUGAUAGUAGAACACUGGCUAAUUAUUCCUCCAUUUCUUCUGCACCGAUGGGAUCCUCUUUAGAAUUACAAAGCAAUCCAAGGUAUCACCGGUAAAGGUAGGAAUGAAUUCUAUGGAAUACAACAGCGAAAAGCGGAAGCUUUUUUUUAAUUACGAAAAAAAGAAAAAAGAAGAAUGGUUUUUGUUCAUUCGUAGACCUUGCAAAGUUAUAAUGAUAAAGAGCAAUCCUAUGAAUGUUAUCAAUGUAUACAGUAGCAGAGUUUGAAUGGAAUAGAAGAAGAAAAUUGU